AACCAAUGCGCAGGGCCAAGGAUCUGGCAAGCCCUGCUUUUCUUAGCAAGAUUCUCGCCGGUGCUGGCUACUCCUGACGCCGAUACUAGGGAGGGCGCCCUUUUCAGUCUGUUGGAUUUUCCUUCUCCGACUAGGUGGCGAAGCUAUUCCUCUGCGCAAGUGCAAGAAUUUGGAACAAUUUGAUAAAACUAAAAGGGUAGCCACUCAUAGCGCGACUUAUGCAGAUGAAGAGACGAAGGAAGUAGUAACUAGCCUAGGUUGAGAAGUAGAAAGAACGCGCUAGAGUGGAAGAAGGCGGCUUCGUUUAUCGGCCUUGCACCUGCUCGACAAGGAAAGCAAUUCAGAAGCCGAACGAUGUGCGCGACGUAUGCUGGUCGAUAGAGGCCUGCCCUUUUUGCGUGUUUUGGAAAGGUUUUAGCCCUGAUCUUAAGCCAGGGCGGAGAGUUGUCGAGGGCAUUGGCCACAGACUUGCACUGAAAGAGGUUAGAGAUUGCGCGCUGAGGUGCGCAGAAGCUGGCCAAGUCGCUACUCACAGCCUCCGUAGAGGAGGGGCGGCCACCAUGGCACCCUGUGGCGGUUCGAAGGCGGCUACUUUAGCUGCAGGUAGGUGGAGUGGGGACGCCUCUUCUUGGAGGCGUUACGUAGCAGAACAUAAGCUAGAGCGUGGGGCCCUUAUUGAAAUGGUAAAAAAUGAGAAUGCUAGCUAUAGUGAUGAUGAACAAGAUGACGCUAAACAAAUUCAAGACCUCGAGCCAGUUGAGCGCGGUGAAGUGGCGCAUUAGCAUGGCGGUUACCUCCAGCUGGUAGCUGAUCUUUGAGCUGGAUCCGUCGCGAAGUAGAAUUUUGUAACGACGUGCUUAGCUUAACCAAUUUCAGAAAUUGCUCGCUGGACUUUGUUUGGGGUAAUUGGAAAGACUGUGGUCAGCACAUGAUGGAAACCGAAAGGAGCUACUCCAGUCAGAUGACUCUGACGAGCUUGCUCCUGUGUUCUUGUGUGUUUAGUGGCGCUCACCGCUUCGCGGAGUAAGUUUUAAGCUGAUUAUCUGGGUAGAAGUAAGAGCUUUGGCGUCGAAGUAGAGUCCCGACGCUGUAGCGUCGGGUAUUGAGCGUCUAAACAGCAGGAACGCGUAGCACAGACAUCGGCUCCCCUUUAGUUUUGGCCUUUCC